GGCGGUCCCGCGAGGCAACCACCCAUGUGACAAAAACACCAGUUGCAGGGCCGGGCUCCUGCAAGUUUGCGCUGCAGCUGCACGGCUGUAUGGACACUGUACCAAUUACGAUGCCACUCCGCGCAUCGAAUGCAUGCACCAGCGUUCACAAGGCAACAGUCCUUGGGGGUUAUUUCUCGAAUGGUUUCGCCAGCACAUAGCCGCCGGACUUCAUUUCUGUUAUCUACAUCACGCCUCUGUACAACGUGGUUACAGUGGUAUAUAACGCCGUGUGAGGCUCGCGGCACCGACAAGAUUACAUCCCGAUUUUCCUCCACUAUGGUCCGACUGCAGGCGAACGAUCGCUAUUACAGUCGAAGAGGGCUGUUAAGGUUCCUUCAGGCGACAUUCCCUAACUGCAAGAACUUCCGAAUUAGCGAGGUCAAAGAUGGGUUCUUUACAUUCGAGGCUCCCAGAGAACUCACAGACGUGAGUGGCUUACCCACGCAUCAAGCUUCAAAGGUCCCACUAACGCCUGCAGGACGAGUGGAUGUGAGCAGACACAACUGAUGACAUCGCGACCGGUGUGUGCUAACGGAGUACACUUGCAGCGAAGCGCAAGACUGAGGCAUCUUGUCAGCCUGAUGGGGCAGAUCAGGGACCCAUUGUCACAGCCUGACGACAUUU